UGAAACUUUUGAAAGUGAAGAAUUACAAGUAUUUUUAAAUAUAUCUAAAGAGUUGGUUUCUGGCAGAGCAACAGGAGCAAAAAAUUAUUUUGGAGAAUUUUUACCACCAAUAAAAUUGAAUAUUAUAUUAUCAGAUGGUCUUUUAAAUUUGCUGAUUGAUUAUUACAAUCGUGCUUACAAGUACAACUUCAGCCGAUCACAAUUAGAUUCUUCUUUAUCAAAUGAAAAUUAUGUUGCUAUUACUGGAAAA